AUGUCGGACAUUGAGGAGGUCGACCGCCUAAUCGACUUCGGGGUCAGCAGCAACGCGACGAGCAAGGGCGAGGACGAUAACGAGGGCGAGGUCGGGAUCGGGCGGUCGAACAAGGUCAUAGAGCUGAUGGAGGCCAUAGAGCUCGAGAUCGAGCGUCUAAAGGCCGACGGACCCGCGGAGAGGCAUAGGAACAUUGCGAGGUUGCCGGAUCCGGACGCGUUGAGGCACACCAAGUCACCGGCGUUCAGCCUGAGGAGGGCGAACACGGACACGGCCAGGGACGAGGACACCGAGUCGUUCAGCACAGUGAGUAGGCACCAAGAGCGAGUCGUCGAACAGGAUCAGGGAGAUGGAGGCGUCCGGCGACAUAAACAGGAACCCCAACGCGGCCGUGCCUUCGAUGUCGUCGCCGACGGUGUUGAAGACCAACUCCGCGACGGUGAACAGGGGCUAGAGCAACAAGAUGACCCUAAGUACAUCCAGGUCAAGGGCGAGACCGGGCACAUCAUCGACGAGGUGGCCCUAAUGAAGGUCUACAACGCCAUCGUGCCCGAGUUAUACAGCAGGAUCAUGUUCGGGGGCCUGCCAGCGGUCCAGAGCCAGGAGGCGAUACUACUCUCGCAGAUGUUCUCGAGGACGAACAAGAACGACGUCCUGAUGACUACCGCGAAGUCGUGGUGGAAGUUGUCCCAGCACUCGGAAGGGCACCAGUGCGUGUCCGCCACCCCGGGCAGGUGUAUGAUCUCGGCGUAG